GUAUAACUAAUCAGUGCUUCUUGACCGGUUCAUGCGGUCCGCGCAGGGUUCAUAAUAUAAAAUGAGUCACAGUCACGUCGCGGCAAAGUUUCGCGACCUUCGGACCUAGAGCGAAGUUGAAUCACCAUUUCAUCUUUCCACUUUUUUCAAUACCCCCCAUUACUUGCUAUACAAUUAUGGAUCGUGAAUCAUCGACACACGAAGAAAAAGAUACACCGCAGCACUAUACAAAAGCAGAACUGGAAAACGAACUCGAACUGUUAUCCAACGAAAUUCAGACCUAUCGCGAUGAACUUGAUCAAGAAGACAGUAAACAGAGAUCACUACAAGCACAACUAGAUAAAAAGCGCACCGAGAUUGAAGAACGAAGGAAACGUUUAAACGAUCAGCAAACCGACGGUUCGCAUAAAGCGUUGGAGGCACUGGUGGCCAAGAAGAAACUCUUGGAAAAACAACGUGACGAACAAGAGGAGCUCAUUGGCCAGCAACGUGCAAUAUUAGAAGAAUAUGAAGAACGAGGUGUAUUGGACAAUGACUUUGAGAAAUCCAUGGCAGAAAAGGAUAAACUGAUACACACACUCCGUCAAGAGCUGGCCCAGGUGGAAGAAGAGCUGGCAAGUCUGCGAUCGUACCCAAGCGGUGUCUGAAAACUGUUCAAUAAAGCAAAAAGAAAAAAAAAAUUACUCUGAACUUUCGGAAAUUCUUGGCCACCUGUCAGAGUGACAAAGCGUUCCCAAAUUCCA